AUGAUCUAUGCUCGUUUACAGGUUGGGAAGCCUGAGACGGGCAAGGCUGUGUCUCCUUUUUGCGACAACGGCAACGAUGCCGCGUGCAAUGGAGCCCCGUCUCGAAUCAACGGCCGGCUUAGUGUCCUAGACGACUCUAUAAGACAGCACAUGUUUGACACGGUGCAACUGUGUUUGCGAGGUGUUAUCACAUCUUCGGUGGGUUACAAGCAUGCGAUUGAGGACAUCAUCACCCUCACCGAUGUCAAGGCGGUGUCGGAUUUCAAACCAGCCACGUGUACCAGCGAGACCGAUACGCGCAAAAGUCGCCAUUUGGACUUUUACUUUGAACUGCCCACCAGGAUUUCCUGCAGGGAUGGCGUCUUCCGCUCUCUUCCCCUGACGGGCACGUUCACAGGCACCACCACAAUUACCCAGAGCACGGCGCUGAACGAUCUACGGGUCGAACAUGGGAGUUGUGAAGUGUCUUACUGGGUUGAGGUCACGUUUCGCCUUUCCGGGAGGCAGAUCGGUUUCUUGACCCAGCACACCCAAAUCCCAUCUCUCUACCCUCAUCUACGGGCGGCGCCGGCGAGAGGGAUCCCUCUGACCCACCGUGCGAAACCCGACAUCCUGGCGCGCUGUCGGUUUCACAAAAUCCCGGACCUGUCACUCACCUUGUCCGAAGCGGACAUGACGAUGCGACGGAACCCAGAGACUGGGAAGCGACACAUCAGCGUGCCCCUCAGCGUGGCCAGGGACGCAUCCGAGAAUUUUGGAAUAGACGGUCGUCAAUCCCUGAAAUGCUCGGUCGAAGCCAAGUGGGAGGUGAAGACGCGCUUCUCCACGACACCGGGUCGCCCGUCUUCUGCAAAGGUGAGAGCGGGCGAGGUCAUUUACAAAGUGACGACGGCGUCGACGCAGAAGUCGACCAUCCUAUUUCGCCCGCUACCGCAGUACGACGACUCGCGUCGCACUCAGAAGGCGAAGAAAACCCCCGCCGAGCCGUACGUUGCGACGUCUCAACUCGACCUCUCCGUGCCGGAUGCCAUCUCCCAGCCAUCUCUGGACUGGAUGUAUCUCGCGAGGACCUAUGCUCUGGAUCUCUGCCUGACGUUCCACGGUGGCCACGGCGCGCCCAAGUACUCUCUCCACACCAACAUUCCGCUCUCGGUCGCCGCCUACGGGUCGAAAGCCGACGAUGCAGCGAAGAACCAAGUCGUCGUGGGCGUCUCGGAGAUUGCCUCGGGCUGGGAGUCUGAGGAGGGGGAGGACGGUCACAGUGAACUCCUCGGACCGCUGGGUGUGAGCACGGCGCAGCGGCAGCAAGGACAGCGUAACGCGACGAGGACACCGCCACCGGCUUACUUUCGAUGA